UUCAUGCUAACUAAAGAGCAUAAAUUUUUACAUGACGUCUAUAUGAUUUAUUAUUAAACUUCUCUAAAUACGCGUCAAAAAUAUAUUUUAAUCAAAAUUAAUGUAUUUGUGUGCAUUUUUCCUAAAAAAAUGUGUACAUUUUUUUUUAUCAAAAUUCAAAUGCAAACAUAAAGUGUAUAAAUAGUUUUGGACUUCAUUUAUAUUUAUAAGUACACUAUUUUUAAUAAAAUAAAUAAUUAAAAUACAAUGUAAAUUAGUAGAAAACUGAAGUAGAAAUUAGAAAUAGAUUUCUGAUUUCUGUCUGUCUCUUCUUCUCACUACCGUCUCCGCUCGCUCUCUCUCGCCGCUCUCCGCCGUUUUCACUCUGCCGUCCGCCGUCGCCCGUGGCCACGGGCUCGCCGCCUCGGACAUCUCCGUCCAAGCGCUGCGACCUGCAAGCGCCAAUCAGGCAGCACAACAGCAGUGCGCCGCGCAGCCCUCGCCGGCUCUCCUCGCCUCGUCUCCUUCUAUCGAAAGCUCCAGUCCGCCGCCCUCACCUAGCCUUUCCCGCUCCCCGCCUCCUUUGGCCUCGGUGCCUCAGUCCGGCGGUUUCCAACGCCCAAGUUCCCGACUAAAGCAUAUUACCCCUCAAGCAAUUACUUGAACUCGGGCAUAAUGGACGAAAACAAAUUCCUGGACCAAUUCAUUGAGGUUGAGGUUGAAGCUGAGAAACUCUUAUUGGGACGCCAUGAGUUGGUUGAAAUUGAUAGAAUGAGGAAUGGGAACAGGGAAGCUUUAACGGCACUAAGGAAGAGGGCUAAAACUACAAAAACCAGUGUCCCUUCACCUUUCGAAUCUCUAAUGAAUGAUAUUGAUCCAAGGCCACUGGUGAAAGAGGUCUGUGCGACAUGUGGUCAUCAUAAUGCAAGGGAGAGCACGUUGCUAAUGUUCCCUGGGACUGACACCUUUGCAACUAUACCGUUUCAUGCUGCUCAUACCAUUUUAGAAGAAGAUCAAGCACGUCUUGAUUUUGAUUCCAAAAAGCUCCAGAGCUUUGUAAAAGAGCAAUCAUUAAUUCUUUCAGAAAAAGGUGCCCUUUCCGAUAAGAUUGGUCCAGGUGUGCUAAAAUCUCUGGUGGCCUUAACUGACAAACCAAAGAUUGAGGAGGAAGAUUGACAACUCGUUACAGUUAUGGAGGGGAAGUGAGCUAUUGCUGAUAGGGUGUAAAUUCUGCACUUAGAUGACCAAACACAUGCUAGAGCACGAAAGACAGCGACUAGAGAAGCUUCCCACUAUGAGAGGCUACUAACGAGGUUACUUUUCAUGAAUCAAGCCCAAACUUACCGUCUUAAAGGAGAGGUGUUAGUGUUCUCUUAAUUAUGUUUGAAGGCCACUCUUGGGCUAAUUGUAUGACGGAUAACUUUGAGUGUGGUGACAUACCUUACUACUGCUGGAGCUGUUGUACCCUUAUCGUCUGGUAACGAAGAGUUUGCUAUGAUUUCA